AUGGCCCACAUCAACACCCAACACGUCGAGGACCAGCCUUCUGAGUCCGAGUCGUCCGCCGAAACGCGACCUUCGACCUCGACUUCCACUUUGAUCGCUGGCAUCCGAUCACGACACAAACCACGACCUUCACGAUUACAAUCGCCGACUGCCGUCACAGCAGGCUUCGUUGCGAACAUUGCUGACCCAGGCACGCCUUCUGAUGAGUCCAACGCAGACCACGACGAGAUGGAGUCGCCGGUGAACCAGUCGCUGUUUCACAACUAUCUCCGCGCAAUGCAUCCCUUCGACCCGGCCGAUUCGAAUACGAUAUCCGACGACGACGAUGCGCUAUCGACCGCCGCGAUCAAAACUGGCGACUUGAUUUUGGUGCAUUGCGUGCACGCGAAUGGCUGGGCGGAUGGGACUGUCUUGAACACGAGCGUGCGAGGAUGGCUCCCCACAAAUUACUGCGAGGCAUACGACCAUCCAUACCUCCGCAAUCUGUUGAAUGCGAUGACACAAUUCUGGGAUUUGAUAGGAGCUGGAGAGGAUGCGAAUCUGUCGACUUUUGUGCGCCAAGACUACAUUCGAGGGCUGAUCGCGGGAGUGAGGCACCUGUUGGAGCGCGCGGACUGUCUUCACCGGGACUCUCCCACUGUCAAGCAGAACGUCGGUGUGCGACGCAUGCGAAAGGGACUGCUCGCAGAUCUGUCCUCUCUCGUGCAGAUUGCGAAGAGGCUGCAAGAGACAAUCAGCGAGCCGUUCGCCGGAGAAGUCAUUCCAUAUCUGUUGGACGACCUCAUCAACAAGGCAUUCAAAGUGGUCAACCGUGCAGUGGGCUUCCUCGAUGUCUGGACGCAGGAAGUCAGCGUGAAAAGGAAUGAGAUCCACAGGUUCGACGCUCCUCGAGCACGGCUCGCCAUCAACACGCAAGACACUUACCGAAGACCACCAUACGACACGAUCGACUCCGCAAAGCAUUUCCCGGAACAAAUACCUUCGUAUAACCAUCAGCGAGAUCUCUCAGCAUAUGACGACGAGCUAUGCGAAAUGCCAGUCCGUAGGUCCGUCGCAUUUACUCCACCGGACGGCUUUGCGGCGCAUCGCAUGUCACUUGUGUCAAAGGAACCCACCAGCGCCACAACCGGACCAUUGGCUUCGGAAAAACUGGCCAAGGCACAUGAUGUGUGCAUAAGCCACAUUGGCGCAUUCAUCGGACACCACUUGCACUCUCGUCCGUCGUCAGAACUUGUGGCCACGACUGAGCGGCUGGUGGCAGCUUGCAGGAGCAUGCUCGCUAUCAUCGAUGAGGUCUACGCACAUGACCCGAAAGCAUCAUCACAUGUCCAACAAGUGAAGUGCGACUUUGAAGCAAAGGUCGAGCAGCUAGCCUUGACUACACAAGACGUCUUCAGAUUCUCCGACUCACCAGACGAAGAGGUCGUCAUGCUCCCAGAGCAGACCGACCAUCUGAUCUCUGUCGGCACAAGUCUGAUCCGCAACACCGGGGAAUGUGUCGUCAAGACCCGUCAGCUGAUCGAACAGAUCGGUGAUUUUGAGUUGAAGGCCUGGUCGGCGACACCAGCAUCGGCCCAGGAGACGGCGAUUGAGAUUCCGGAACGUGUCGACAGCAUUCCCGUCGUCUCGCCACGACCACUUUCGACAUCACUUCCUCUUCACCAACAUCGCGUGUCGGUCAAUCGAUUGUCGGUCAAGCUGUUGCCACCACCGCCGUGUCGACCGGCGCCGAGUCCCAAAGAUCAGCAAGAGUUUCUCGCCGUUGGUGACGAGAAUACCGACCUUGCUGUGCACUCUCCCGCGGAAACGAACUCUUCCUUUACAUCGACAUCGACUAGGCCGACGUCGAAGCAGUCGAUGCCACCACCUCCAAAGAGACAGUCGAGGACGCUCACCGCUGCAGAAGCUCAGAAGAGCACCGUGUCCUUCCGAUCGGACAACUCUUCAGCAGCGUCAGCUCGAAAGAACAGCGUCGGUCAGUCCACUCAAAACAGCGCGAGAGAUUCCGGCAUCUCCGAAGCGUCCACUCGCGCCACCACACCUGAUCAUGCCAAGGACCUGCCCACUCCGGAGACCAGCAUGCUGAGCAGCUUCGCCAGCCUGUCAAGUCUACGAUCACUGUCCGAUGACAGCGUUGACCCAGAAUCACUCCUCGCCAAGACAUACGCCAACGAACUAACCUUCAACAAAGAGGGCCAAGUCACUGGUGGCAGCCUCUCCGCUCUGGUGGAACAGCUCACAUCCCAUGACUCCGCCCCCGACGCUCAAUUCGUUACUGCCUUCUUCCUCACCUUCCGCAAAUUUUCCGAACCUCGAGAAUUCGCCCAAGCACUCAUCCAUCGCUUCGAAUACAUUGGUGACAGCCAGGCCAUCGGCACACCCGCCCGUCUUCGCGUCUACAACGUCUUCAAAGGCUGGCUGGAAAUGUACUGGUCUCCCGAGGCUGAUAAGGACGCCUUGGGCGAAAUCCGGUUCUUUGCCUUGCAUAAAUUGAAGCAGCACCUCCCCUCCGCUAGCGAGCGAUUGAUAGAACUCACCCGCCGUGUGACGGAAGCAUACCACACCAACACGGAAUACGUCAGCAAAUCUAAUCUCGCCUAUUCCGUCAAUACGAACGGCUCUCUUCCCGAGCCCGUCAUCUCCAACAAACAACUCAAUGCCCUCCGAUUGGCUGUUGGCGGCGGCCAACCCAUUUCCAUCACGGAUCUUGAACCCCUCGAAGUCGCCAGACAGAUUACGUUGAUCGUCAUGAAAGUCUACUGCGACAUUCACCCGCAGGAACUCUUGAGCAUGGACUGGUCCAAACCAAACACCAAACGCGCCCGGAACGUGCGGCGCAUGUGUUUGCUCAACACGGACCUGUCGCAUGUCGUGGCUGAUACCAUUCUAGCGCCGGAUAGUCCCAAGGCGAGAGCGGGCGUGAUCAAACACUGGGCAAAAGUCGGCGUGGCCUGUCUGGAGUUGCAGAAUUAUGAUUCCGUGAUGAGCAUCAUGUGUACCAUCAAUUCGAGCGUGGUGAAGCGGCUGAAGAAGACGUGGGAGUUCGUGCAUAAGAAAACUCAUGCGCGGUUUGAGGAGUUGGAGAAGUUGGUGGAUAUGUCGAAGAAUUAUACUUCCCUCCGGAAACGACUGGACGGACCGACGGGUGCUGGGGGUUGUCUGCCUUUUCUCGGCGUCUAUCUUACCGAUCUGACGUUCGUCAUUGCUGGGAACCCGAAACGAAGGGAGUUGCCUGGGACGCUGACGGCUACGGGACAACCACUGAGUGUCAUCAACUUUGACAUGUAUGCGAGGAUCUCGAGAAUUAUCUCCCACUUGCAGAGAUUCCAGAUGCCGUAUCAUUUGAAGCCUGUGCCGGAACUGCAGAGUUGGUUGGAGGCGCAUCUGGAGAGGAUGAGAGUGGGAGCGACUGAUGUCAAUCAGGUUCUGCAUGAGAGGAGUUUGGCAGUGGAGCCGAAGAUGGAUGAUUCGCAGGCUUUGGCUGGAGCAGUCGCUGGCGCGGGAGGGGUUGGAUUAGGAUUGGUGGGGUUGGGGUUGGGAGCGAAGAAGGGAAAUUCCGCUGCGCUCUCUGGAGAGCCGGCGGUCAACGAGAGGCCAAAGACGAGUAGUGGACGGAGUGAGAGUGGAGCGAGUUCGUUCAAGCAUGCGGCGAGCGCGGAUAUGAUGGAAAGAUUUGGGACCCUUUGGAAGGGUGGUGGGUGGAGGAUGGGGAGCCAUGGGAGUGGACAUUCGGCGGCUAGCAGUCCGACUGUUGAGGUUAUGAGUCCGGGUUUGAACGGAGGUGAGGAGGAGGCGAGGAGAGGGGCGAGUCGGUGA